GGGACAAAACCUGGGUUUAUUCUUGCACGGCGUGGUUCCUCGAGUCAGUUUCGUACUGUCGGUGUUCGUGGCGCGUGGCACGCUGGUACGUGGUCUGCGUUCGUACGUCUAAUGCAUCACGAGACGUUCCCGUACGGACCAGCAGCACGCGAAACAUUUUCGAAAAGAAACUCGAUUCCCCGUCGAACCGACAGAACACCGGCCAACGUGCGUACCGGCGUUUCGCUGGGGAUGAAGUAACACAUCGCUCGAACGGUAUCUAUCGAUUCAUACCCACGAGGCUUUCGUUUUCACCCUCGCACGUGCGCAGGACACAGAUAACUGAUCUCGGUCACAGUCAGCUGGAGAACCACAAAAAUGGAUAACAAACCGCCAACGGAAAUGGACACCUUCCUGCCGCAGGAUGGGUCCAACUUGAAGGAUGGUGUAUUAUCAAAAUACAAAGUACAAGUCGUCCCGCGAGACCCGGAGGCUCUGCAAGGGGACGGGAAGAAGUUCGAUCCGUUUAACGAAAGAAAAGUUGAUAACCCGACAACGGACUGUGACACAUUAACGCAUUUACUGAAAGCCUCGCUUGGCACUGGCAUUUUAUCCAUGCCGAUUGCUUUCAAGAAUGCUGGCCUCCUCGUCGGUGUGUUCGCGACAAUCCUGGUCGCGUUUGUUUGCACACACUGCGCAUACAUUUUGGUAAAAUGCGCGCACGUACUCUACCACAAAACGCGGAGGACAGAAAUGAGCUUCGCCGACGUGGCGGAAGUAGCGUUUUCUACGGGACCAGAAUGGGGAAGAAGAUUUUCCAAGCCAAUUAGGUAUCUCAUUCAAAUUAGUUUAUUUGCAACGUACUUUGGCACCUGCAGCGUGUACACAGUGAUAGUUGCGGCGAACUUCAAUCAAAUCAUCGAGCAUUACGCGGAUGUACCGGAAGGCGAGUUCAGCAUCAGGCUAACGACAGCCUGCCUGCUGAUCCCCAUGAUACUGCUCAGUUGGAUACCAAAUUUGAAAUACCUCGCACCUGUUUCCAUGGUGGCCAAUAUAUUCAUGGGAACAGGCUUAGGAAUAACAUUUUAUUAUUUAGUAUGGGACUUUCCAUCUAUCUCCUCUCUACCGCUGAUCGCGCCUGUCGACGGAUUCCCGCAGUUCUUCAGCAUAACUGUCUUUGCGAUGGAAGCUAUAGGUGUAGUAAUGCCGUUAGAGAAUAACAUGAAAACACCGCAGCAUUUCGUCGGUAUCUGCGGUGUCCUUAACAAGGGAAUGUCUGGGGUUACGCUUAUCUACAUUCUUCUUGGAUUCUUGGGCUACGCGAAAUAUCAAGACAAAACGUUCGACAGCAUUACACUGAAUUUACCAACGGUAGAAAUACCUGCCCAGAUUGUGAAGAUCUUAAUAGCUCUCGCUGUCUAUUGUACGUUUGGUUUACAAUUUUAUGUGUGCCUUGAUAUUGCAUGGAACGGUAUAAAGGAGAAGUUCCAAAAGAAGCCAGUCCUGGCCAAUUAUGUUCUGAGAACAGUUAUGGUCGUGGGAGCAGUUCUAUUGGCUGUGAUCGUGCCGACUAUCGGACCCUUCAUCGGAUUAAUCGGUGCAUUUUGCUUUUCCAUACUGGGACUUUUGAUCCCUGUAUUCAUCGAAACUGUAACAUACUGGGACGUUGGCUUUGGCCCGUGCCACUGGGUGGCUUUGAAGAACAUUGUCAUAUGCAUCAUUGGUUUCAUGGCUCUAGUGUUCGGAUCUCGAAGCGCGCUAAUACAAAUCGUGAAGUUAUAUAGUUAAAAAUAUAUAGGCGUCUCGAUACAUAGGAGUGUACAUAUUCCAAUCUUUCAAACAGAUGUUUGGAAGUCAUUUGAAAGAACUGUAGUAAAUGAAUUUCUGAUAUAUUCGAUGGACAAUCAUAAAUGAUACGCACAUCAUUUGCAAUAAGUUGUUUCAGAGAACCUCUUUGUCAACGGACAAUUUUAUCAGAAAUUUACUUGCUACUUAUGUGUCCAUAAGUGAGUGCUCUAGUAAGAUACAAAAGAAACUGUUCAUUACAAAGAUUACUUCGAUUGCUGUGCAAAGAAGAGCUAAAGUACCGAUAUUCGGUAUUAUACUAUGAUUCGAAGAAUGCCUCUACGCACAAAUGAUUUCUAAGAUUAUAUUAUUGAAGGUUAUAUGAAAGGAUUUAAUUAUUAUGAACAUAUGAAGUAGGUAAUGCAUUUCCAAAGUGCCCAAUAAUGUUACAUUUUAUCCCUAAUAUUUAAUGCGUGGUAACUUUCAUUUAAUAUGAAACAAAUACAGACUGAUAACCAUUGGCAGUAUUCAUGAUAAUAGAAAGAUACUUUACAUCAUAAUAAUUGAUUAUUAUUUAAAGAAAAAGCACAAAACCAUAAAAUUUGUAUUAUUUAUAAUAAUUAAUUUGACUUUAACAGCAAAGUAUUUUAAUUCCCACCAUGGUAAAUUGAUAUUCAUAAAAAUAUUUUGUUUCUUAGCAUUAUU